AUGGCUGACUCUGUUUCAAGGACCUUUCUGAAGCGGAAAGGCGGUCUUUUCAAGAAGGCUCAUGAACUCUCCGUGCUCUGUUCCGUCGACGUGGCAGUGAUCAUCUUCGGCCAUAACAAGAAACUCUACGAGUUUUCUUCAGGUGACAUUCGUGAGACUCUGGGUAAAUACCAAUAUUGGGGGCCUCCUCAUGAACACAAAGGCCCUGCCGAUUUUGCGGGAAAAAGCACGGCGGAUGAUGACGAUGACGACGAUGCAUCGGGCGCUGAGGACUCGGCUCCUUCUCAGUCCCAGUCCCAGUCCCAGUCCCAGCCUCAACCUCAACCUCAACCUCAACCCCAGCCUCAGCCCCAGCCCCAGGGGAUGGUGCCGCCGCAUCUCCAGAAUCAACAUCAACCAGCUUUCCAACAUAUCAACCACGCACCGUCGGCCUCACCACCCAUCCACAAUGGGGUUGGCUUCGAUCCUCGUCAUGGUACUCCUCAGUCCCAGGUGAUGUCCCGUCCCUCGUCGCGGAAUCACGUCCGUCGCGUGAGUUCGAACCUGGUUGGCCAUCCGCAUCCUCAACAUGCCACCCCUCCUCCUCCUCCGGGACAGAACGGAUUUGCCUACAUGCCCAACCCGUCCAUUUACAAUCCCAACGCGAACCCGAAUCUGAAUCAGCAACCUCCACGUCCCGCCCAAUAUCCACCGUUUGGCCAACCUCCCCAUCCCGGUCCGCAGCACCAGACGCCCCAGCCUCAUCCUGCGCAGCCCAUCCCGCAACAUCAUCAACCGCCUCCUCCCCAUCACCUUCCCCAGCAAGCGCCUCACCAUAAUCUCCCGCAGCCGCCACACCAGCAGAUGCCGCAAAUCGCGCCGUCAUAUAUGCAAGAUCAGGGACGGCAUUCGAUGCCACCAGCAUUCCCGCCGGAACAGCAGCAGCAACAGCAGCCGCAACAACCGCAGCAACCACCACAGCAGCAACAACAGCAACAGCAACAGCAAGUGCCGCCGCCGCUGCAACAACGUCCUAUUGCCCUUCCCGAUCCAACCGCUUCGCAGCAGAUCCCCAAUCAAAUUAAGUCCGAAGGGAGCCAGUCUCCUAGGCCCCUGGCGCCUAAGACGCGCAGUAUCUUUACGCCCAUUGAUGACCAAGGGUCGGUGUUAGCGCGUCACUUUGGAGUUGGGUCUUCUUCUUUGCGCGAGUCCCCUCAGCGCGAGACGCCCGCGAAGCAGGAGCAGCCACCACCAGCCAGCAGCGCCAGCCAGAGUGUUCCAAUCCCGUCGACUGGGACAUCAACGAUGCCCCCGCAGCCGGCACGGUCGGCAACGGAUCCCCAACCCGCGCAACCCACUUCUUCAAUGCCUGAGAUCCCGCCUCCGCCACGAGCCAAUAGCGUCCAAGCCAAUGCCAAACGACCCCGUCUCAAGGUCCAAAUUCCGAGCGAGCAGUCGGACGCGGGGAGUGCGACGGCAGAGUCGUCCCCGCGCGACUCUGCAGGUCACAAAACAGCUACGCCUGCUAAAGUUGCGUCGGAUGGUAACCACACUGGCGUUGUUCUCCCUCCCCCAUCGCCGUCAGCAGGUGCCCUUUUAAGCGCAGGUGCGCAGGGCCCGCCCAAUCCGUUUGCACGACCGCCUCCGCCUGCAACGAGUUCCCAAAAUGGCACUGGUUACGGCAGCAGCAGCAACAAUAUGGACACGCCGAUCUCGGCCCUCCCCAGUCGAUUUGUGUCAGACGCGCUCCUCCCGUCUCCGUCUAGCUUCUUCCCCGAAUGGGGGUUUGGGCGAUCCGGACCAGACACCAAUAUGUUGCCCAGUCCGCUGACCUUCCCCACUCCCUCUGUACAGACCGGUCCUGGCUUCGGGAGGGAAGAUGAGAUGGACAAGAAGCGCAAGAGCCCUGAAGGUGGUGUUACAUCGGAGGCGCCAGGGAAGAAAUUGAAGACAUGA